CUCAAGACGCGACUUCCGUUUGAAGCUCUCGGCUGCUCCCGCAGCUUUGACGCGACUGCCCACGAAAAGUUCGAGAAGCAGCAGCGGGCAGGAACGUUUUAGUCAACACCACGCCGUCCUCACUUGAACGCCUUUCCCGACUCGAAUUUCUGACGAGUGUGCACGGCUGAAUAUUUGCAACUGCUAGAGAAGCUGUGGGGAACCCGCCGUUGACGAAAUUCUGCCUUGAAGGCACUGGAGGAGAGGAAACAUGGCAGGACAACCGAUGAACCUCGAUCUGAGCAAUGCUCAGAUCACACAGGAUGAGUCGGGACGUCCCUUCAUCAUCGUGAGAGAUCAGGGAAAGAAGAAGAGAACACAUGGCAACGAGGCAGUGAAGAACCACAUUCUCGCCGCUCGCACUGUUUCAUCGAUCGUCAAAACAUCCCUGGGUCCCCGAGGCCUCGAUAAGAUUCUCAUCUCGCCUGAUGGAGACAUCACAGUAACGAACGAUGGAGCGACGAUUUUGUCGCAAAUGGAGAUCAAGGACCACAUCGCAAAGCUGCUCGUAUCGCUUUCGCAAUCGCAAGAUGCAGAGAUCGGAGACGGAACAACAGGUGUUGUGGUUUUGGCAGGCGCACUGCUCGAGCAGGCAGCGGAACUCAUCGACAAGGGAAUUCACCCCAUCCGGAUAGCAGAUGGAUACGACCAGGCUUGUGAGGUGGCAGUCGCAGAACUGGACCGGAUAUCAGAUGUGAUGCCCUUCACUCGGACCGAAACGGACAACCUCUACAAAUGCGCGAGGACAUCGCUGGGCAGCAAGAUUGUGUCCAAGGCACACGGUCAGUUUGCACAAAUGGCAGUGGACGCUGUUCUUUCUGUCGCAGAUCUGGAGCGAAAGGACGUCGACUUUGAGCUGAUCAAGGUCGAUGGCAAGGUCGGAGGCUCGCUAGAAGACUCGCUCCUGGUCAAAGGUGUGAUCGUGGACAAGGACUUCUCCCACCCGCAGAUGCCUUCAGAGGUGCGCGACGCCAAACUCGCCAUUCUCACAUGUGCGUUCGAGCCUCCCAAGCCAAAGACAAAGCACAAGCUGGACAUCACGAGUGUGGCCGAAUUCAAGGAAUUGCAAAAGUACGAGCAGGCUAAGUUCACCGAGAUGAUCCAACAGAUCAAGGACACUGGCGCCAACGUUGUUAUCUGCCAGUGGGGGUUCGACGAUGAGGCAAAUCACCUGCUUCUCACAAACGAACUUCCUGCAGUGCGAUGGGUUGGCGGACCUGAAAUUGAGCUUAUUGCAAUCGCCACAAAUGGUCGCAUUGUGCCACGCUUCGAGGAUUUGAGCGAGAAGAAGCUUGGUACUGCGGGCGUGGUACGGGAAAUGUCGUUCGGCACAACGAGAGAGAAGAUGUUGGUCAUCGAGGAGUGCGCAAACUCUCGCGCCGUUACUGCUUUCAUCCGAGGCAGCAAUAAGAUGAUUAUUGAUGAGGCCAAGCGAUCACUGCACGAUGCACUAUGCGUCGUACGCAACCUGGUUCGGGACAAUCGAAUCGUGUACGGUGGUGGAGCUGCUGAGAUCGCUUGCUCUCUGGCGGUAGAGAAGGAGGCACUGAACACACCUGGACUGGAGCAGUACAGCAUGCGGGCAUUCGCUGACGCACUUGAUGCGGUGCCAAUGGCACUUGCAGAGAACAGCGGUCUGAGCCCAAUUGAAGCCCUGUCUGAACUCAAAGCACGACAGAGCAAGGGUGAGGGCAGAGGUCGCCUUGGCGUUGACUGCAUGCAGACUGGAUCAAAUGACAUGAAGGAACACUUCGUCAUUGAUCCCUUGAUCUCAAAGCGCCAACAGCUCCUGCUCGCCACACAACUUUGUCGCAUGGUGCUCAAAGUCAACAACGUGAUUGUCGCUGGCUCGGAUGACAACGACUUUUAGAUGAAUGCUACGAAAUGCAGCGCAUAGCGACGGCGUGAAGGUCUAGAUGGCCCAUAUAGAAGGAGUCCCUCUCAUGGGAGGUAUGUACAUGGUGCAGCACGUGUAUAUUACUACCACUUCUGCCAGUCGGUCGACUUUGGCGUGUCCAGUCACAUCCCGCAACGAUCUCAGAGUAUUAAUGCAGGUACAAGAUAGCGCGGCGUGCCAACGUCAAAGCCUGACCGACGGAUCUUCGGCACAGAAUUCUCUUUUUGCGUGGCGGCGCAUGCAGAACGGAAAGCGAUGAAUGCUGUGAACGAAUCAUCAAUUGGUCCGUCGAGUAACGAUAAGCACCACGUG